UCGUGCUCCCUGGUCGCUCAGUGGAGCCCUAGCAGCUCGUCGCGACCGAUGUGCUGCUUCGUUUUCUAGCUAGUUUAUUUAUAAAUGCACACAAAAAAUAUAGUUAUUCCACUCAUGUGGAGAGAAACGUGAAUGUGCUGCUGACGAUGCGACCAUGAUUUCGACUAAAAGCGUGUUUUGGAGCGUUUUGUUUGCAGUGUUUGUCUGCGGGGUGACCGCUUUAGAGGCUGAUCCAGAUGAAGCUGAAGUUCCUGAAUUUCGAGCUCCUGAGGGAUUAGACUCGGACAGUGAUGGACAGACUCCUCAGUUUGUUUCAGAGGACUCGGAUCUUCAGCCUAGACGACAGUUCAAGACUGCAGAGAUCGCGGACGCUGUGCUGGGGACCGAGCAGGCUGGAAACACGGCUGGGAUCGAAGCUCUCAUUCCGAAAACUUGGGAGCCCCCUUUGUUUGACUCAUGGGAGCUAUGUGAUGACGAGCGCUGUAAGGAGUCUGAUGAGCAGAAGAAUAAAGAGCAUACAGAGACUGUCGAGUCAGCACCCAUUCAAGGGGACGAACAGAACUCAACAGAAACCGCCAAGACUUACAAAGUCACCUGUGACAAAAGGAGCAUCACUGGAGUGGAGAACUUCACAGUACAAGUUCUCAACGCUUCUCAGGAUCUGAUGGAGUUCCUGAAUGCUAACAGCACAGAAUGCACUUUGGUUCUGUUCUACACCACUUGGUGCCAGUUCUCUGCUAAUCUUGCCCCUCACUUCAACGCCCUGCCGAGGGUUUUUCCCAGCAUGCACUUCCUUGCUCUUGAUGCUUCACAGCACAGCAGUUUAUCCACCCGGUUUGGAACAGUGGCCGUUCCCAACAUCCUUCUCUUUCAGGGAGCCAAGCCGAUGGCCCGCUUUAAUCACACAGACAGAACUUUAGAAACAUUAACAUCUUUCAUAGCAAAUCAAACAGGUUUUGAAGCGGUUCCUGAUCAGAUUGUGCGCGAGGAGGAUCGUUUAGGACCGUUACUGAGCAUCCCAGUGAAAAGUAUUGACUGGCUGUUUGUUUUUUCUGUGUUGUUUAUUUUUGGGUUUACAAUGUACGCCAUCCUGCGCACCGACAGCAUCCGCCUGCUGAUUCCAGGACAGGAGCACGAACACCAGGAAUAACGCAGGGCCUCGGAUAUACCACAGUCACUUCUUACAGCUGCAUUAAGAGCCUCACUGUCCUUCAUUCAUCCUCAAAUAAACACCACAUCAUUACAUCAGCUUUAGACUUCACAGAACAUCAGCUGCUAAAAGAGUCAUUCACACAUUUCUACAGAUAGUUUAAUGUUUAUUUUUGGAGGUGUUUUGGAGAGUUUGUGUUAUCCUUAUAAUCAUUUUAUAAUUUCUCUCCAGUCUUCGUUUAUUUAAAUAUGAAGAAUUCAUUUCCAAACAGCAUAGAAAACACUUUUUUUUAAAUGUAAAAGAUGUGAAGAAAUCAUUAAUAACAACGUUUGCCAUUCUGACCAGCUCAUUGUUAUUUUUACUUUUGUUUGGUGAUAUGUGAUUGAUUAUUUAUUGUGUUAGUUGCUCCUUUCAGCUGAUCAGAUAUUGACCCUCAACUACUGAUGAGUAAUUAAAAAAAAAAACACAUACAAAUAAAUAAACACUGUUCAAGCCAU